AGGAGAAGAGGGAGAGGGAGGGAGAGAUUGAGGGUGAGGGGAGCAACUGAGCGAGCAGGCAGGCUAGCGAGGGAGAGGGAGUGAGAGAGGGAGAGGCAGGCAGGCUGGUGCUGUGAAAUCCGUCAGCAGGGUCGCUCGCGGUGCGUUUUGUCAGACGUCUUGGCUCGGAGCCCAACUUGGCUUUUUUGUAGUCGAGGCAUGAUCGCAGACUCCGCGCAGUUGCCCCUGCCGCGUCGGCUGCCGUGCCUUUGGAAGGAUCCCAGCUUUAGCCACUGACAUGCAGAGACCCAAUCCCACAGACAUGAUGAAGCAGAAGGACGAGGAGCUCGACAAAAAGAUUGAGGCUCUGAGAAGGAAGAAUGAGGCUCUCAUGAAAAGAUACCAGGAGGUGGAGGAGGAUAAGAAGAUGGCCGAGCAGGAGGGCAUGGCUCCACAGAGCCGCAAGUCAGAGGAGCUCUCCAUCACCAUCAAUAAGACCACACAGGAGCCGCGGAUGGUCCAGAAGAAAGCUGGGUCCGGCGGGAGCUCCCCCCAGGACAAGAGCCCCAGAGGCGGGGGAGAGGUGGCCGACGGAGGCCCCACCCAGUUCAGCAUGGGCCGGGGCAAGAGACGCCAGCUCUUUGUCACCAUGGUGGGCAACAACAAGGGUACCCGCGUGGUGAGUGAAUCAGCGGAGCUCACCCCGAGGCCUGGAGGGAGAAAGAGCAGCGCUGAGGAUGAGGACGAUAACCGAGUCACCGAGUCGUCCAGGAGAGGAAGACACAGCCAGUCUCGCAAGAGGACCUCCCAGACCCAGGAGGAAGGGGCGAGGCAAGAGGAGGAGAGUCGCUGGCUGGCCGAGUGUGACCCCUACCAAGAUGCUGAGUGCAGAGAUGCAGACCUGACCAUCCCCACCUCCCGUGAGGAGCAGUUGGAGUACAUGAGGUGGAAGGCUGAGCGAGAGCAGAUUGACCGCGAGCGUGUGGCCCGCCACAAGAACGCCAAGGGGCAGUGGCGAAGAGCCUGGGACCUUGACAAGCCACAGCUUGCUUUUUCAGAUAAUCCACCAGGAGAAACAGAACGGCCACAGUCAAACAGAGGAGGCAGGGCUCCCAGAAGAGGUUCAAAAUCAGCUGGCGAAUCACAAGGUCACCAUGGCAGAGGCAGAGACAGGAAGGGGAAGAACGCUCCAGCCGUGGUGGGCAGCAAGGCCAAGGGCAAGGAGCGCCUGACCGGAAGAGCUCGAAGAUGGGACACUAAUGACAUGGAGGAAGAUAAACAGCCCUUCGAGACUAGUCUGGAGGAGUUUCUGGAGGAGCUUGAUGCCCUCUGUGACCCUGAUAACCCCUCCACUGACUCCAGGCCAGCCCAGGACUCCGAUGGGACUGCAGCUGCCACUGGUGCCGAUGAUGAAGGCAAUGGUGUGGAGGUUGAGUCUGUUACGCUGGACACAAAGCAGGCAGAUGCAGCAUCUAGAUCACCAUCUGGAGAUGAUGAUGCAGGGAAAGGGGAGAAUCCAGAGGUGGCCUCGCCCAAAGGAACCGAGAAGAAGGUGCGGUUCUUAGAGGAACUCGUCCAGGGUGCCCACAUGCAGAGGAACCCCAGCACUGUCACCACGGAGACCAAGGCGAGCUUGUUGAAAGGGGUCUCGUCACAGAUGAAGACAGACUUGAAAGCCGAAGCACAAGCUAACGGCACCGCUGACGAAUCACAACAGACACAAACACAGACACAGACACAGACACAGACACAGACACAGACACAGACACAGACACAGACACAGACACAGACACAGACACAGACACAGACACAACAGCAACAACAACAACAACAGCAGCAGCAGGCAGAGGCACAGCAGCAGGAGGCUGGUGGCAGUCACCAGGAGGAGCAGGACCCUCCUCAUGCCAGCCUUAGUGGCCCAGAGAGCUGCAGCGCCGCUGCCCCCGCCCACAGGGCACAGGAGGAGAAGACAGAAGACGAGGCGGAGAGAGCACUCCAGACUGAGGAGCAACAGCCAGGCCAAGAGGGCCAGGAGCCUUCUCACUCCACGGCCUCUGACACCACUGAGACAGCCAAGAGCGCACCCAGCACAGAGACAGAGGGAGAGGCCUCCACACUGGCAGAUCAGGCCCCAGACCAGCAGGCCCCAGCCUCACAGGCCCCAGCCUCACAGGCUCCAGACCAGCAGGCUCCAGACCAGCAGGCUCCAGCAUCACAGGCUCCAGACCAGCAGGCCCCAGACCAGCAGGCCCCAGCCUCACAGGCCCCAGAACAGCAGGCCCCAGCCUCACAGGCCCCAGACCAGCAGGCUCCAGCAUCACAGGCUCCAGCAUCACAGGCUCCAGCAUCACAGGCUCCAGACCAGCAGGCUCCAGCAUCACAGGCUCCAGACCAGCAGGCUCCAGCAUCACAGGCCCCAGACCAGCAGGCUCCAGCAUCACAGGCCCCAGACCAGCAGGCUCCAGCAUCACAGGCUCCAGACCAGCAGGCUCCAGCAUCACAGGCUUCAGACCAGCAGGCUCCAGCAUCACAGGCUCCAGCAUCACAGGCUCCAGCAUCACAGGCUCCAGACCAGCAGGCUCCAGCCUCACAGACUCCAGUAAAGCAGGCUCCAGAAAAGCAGGCUCUAACAUCACAGGCUCCAGACCAGCAGGCUCUAACAUCACAGGCUGUAGACCACCAGGCCCCAGUCCAGCAAGCUCUAGCAUCACAGACUCCGGACCAGCAGGCCCCAGCCUCACAAGCUCCAGACCAGCAAGCCCCAGUCCAGCAAGCCCCAGUCCAGCAAGCCCCAGAGCACACCAAGACUAGCACAAGCAGGGCCGCAGAGGAGCUGAUCGACUCCAGCUUGUCUGUGCUCAGUCUAGACACAGGGGAUGCCCAUCAAGACCACGUUACCAGCACAGAGAAGGCACGGGAAGAUGGCAAAGUGGUCUAAGAGGCACAUAUCUCAGUUUGGAGUCAGCCCAGUCUAUAUGAGAUGGAAAAACUAAAACUGAAACCAAAAGACGUUUUUUUUUUAAUUAAAAAUGCCUUUUUUCUGGAAACAUUGAUUCCUAACUCUUAGAAACUUAAAGAGAUGUCAAACGCUUACAUAAUGCUAAAAACCUCAGUAGCACUAUGAAUGUGUUUUGUGGACAAUUUUUGUUGAUCUGAAUCUGUUUGUAGAAACCACCUGAUCAUUGAAUGUUGAUGAAGGUUACGAAUGUUCGUUAGAGGGUAAACAGUAUGUUAGACUCUAGGAAAUGAUGGAAGUCCUUUUAGGUAUCUCUACCUGCUUAAAAUAUGUUGUUUACAAGCACUUUAUUUUUUAUCGAAUAAUUGAAAUGACCACAGAGGUUUUGUGGUUUAAUAUGACUAGUAAGCCUAUAGGGUUGUUGUCUGAUUUGCUUGAACUUGAAUGAAGUCUAAGUUGUUUUUCUAAUGGCACAGCCCUCUCUAACACUAGUUACUAUUAGUGCAGUUGAGAUUAUGUGUAUAUACCAUUACAGGGCUUACAUGUUGAUCUAUUCUUUCCCAGUCCACUUUAUGGCAUCUAGGACUGCAUUCAAAAAGCUUACAUGGGUAUUUCCAAUGCAAGUAAUGAAAUUGGAAAGUUGUCUAUGACUUGGAAACUAUUACGUUUUCUCCUUUGGCCUUAUGUGCAUUUUUGUCGGACUUACAAAGGUUCAGGUACUGCUGCUGUUCAGUGAGUUAACCUUAACAGUGUUGUUGUAAUGUUAGAAAUUCAGUUUCUGAUGGAUUUUUUUUCAUUCAAAAAGAAUUUCACAUCUGAAUAUUAGUAUUUAGUGGCUCUGAGACACACAAGUCUUUAUUCUCCAUUCAUUCAAAACCUGCAUGGUACAGAUCAUUUUUGAAAUUGUGUCUAUUCAUGCCUUAACAGUUAUGUAGGAGACAGUGUGAGUUAUAGGCAUUGUAUGCCAGCAGUUCUGUAUUUAAAGACUUAAACAUAUGUUUGCACUCAAGAAAUAAGCUAUUAACUUUUUGGUAAUAGUCACUCAAUGUUUACAGUUAGCUUUGAAAAGUAGACAUGGGCUCCCCUAGAUCCAAUUCAGCUUGGGUUUGUAUUCCAUGUAAGCUAUGAUUUCAAGGUAUCCUUAUUUAAUUUAAAGCAAAAUUAUGGUAAAAGAGUAAUUUAUUUAGUUUAGAAUGAGAAAAAAAAACAAUUUAGAAGCAAAUGUUAUUGUCACUUUUACCAUGGACUCUGUUCGAAGAUACGUGCAAAAUGAGUAUUAAAGAGUUCAAGUUUG